GAAGGGAAAAGUGAGCCGCUUUACCAUUUACGAUCCCUGCAUUCAGUUGCUAACGAUGACGCCGUAGCAACCGUGGUGGAAUCACUGCUUCAUGCCAGCCCGAAGCUUGUAAAUGCUCACGAUGAAGAUGACCGACUCGCUCAGCACUGGGCGGCAUCGUACAAUCACCUGGACAUCCUCCAGCUACUGGUCCAACAAAGUGCAUUUGACGUCGACGCACAGGAUGGUUCCGGCUGGACCGCCUUGAUGAUGGCAUCGUCGAUCAAAGACGGGGAGGAUGCCGUCGAGCUGCUGCUGCAGAGGGGGGCGGAUGUAACCAUGACAAAUAACAAUGGACAGACCGCUCUCCACUUCACAGCCUCGAAGAACAACCUCGACAUCGCCAAGCGGCUGAUCGCGCACAAGGCAUCGGCGCGCACUAAAGACAAGCGCGGUCAGCUUCCGCUGCAUCGCGCCGCAGCGAUCGGUUCACUGCCCAUGAUCAAACUGCUCCUGAGCAGUCGAAGUCCCGUGAACGCAACGGAUGUGGAUGGGCUCACGGCACUGCACCAUGCGAUUUCUGAAGGGCAUGGGGAGGCGGCGAUGCAGCUGCUCAGAGAAGGGGCGGAGUCGGAUAAGAGGGAUUUAGGGGGACAGCUUCCCAUUGAUCUAGCCCCUGAUGGAAAGAUUCGCAACUAUAUCCUCCAGAGCGCCGAACGGGAAGGGAUAGAGAUACAGCAGACGUAAACCUUGCGGCACCUUUCUUGCCACACAAUGUAUCCAAUGACUGACACGUAUGCGAUCAAACACGGAACCAUGUCCUAGUGAAAUUUGCCUUGCCAGUAAACGCACCUCCUCCAAUCUCGAGCGUAUUCACUUUUUCAUCACCGUACUCUCCGCUAGUUCCCGCAACAUAUUUUUCAAAUCCACCACAUCAUUCUCCAAUUCCUCC